UGUCGGCGACUGGCGAGAUCGCACGCCAGUUUGGAGUGCGGGCCGUACUGGCUUUGUGUUUCUUUUUAAUUGCGCUUCCAUUUAUUUUAUUUAAUGCAGCGGCUAAACAAAUACAAUUCUGGAUGUUUUAUGGCGACGUACCGUGUUGUACCUGAAAAGACAAAUGGUGAAGGAGGUGAAGAAAAACGGAGACACUAACUUGAUUAAAAACGCUAAGACGUAAAAUACAAAGGAAUGCAGCAUUUAUGACUGGGAAACUCUUUUUAGUUUUAUUUUUUUGCAAAACCACUCGACUGGGAACAGUUUCCGGAGAUCUUCCAUAGCAAUUUUAAGAUAUUCUUAUUCCGGCGUUUACAGUUCCCUUUAAAAAAAAAAAUAUAAAAAAUCAGUGCACACGUUGUAUGCUUUAAGUUCGUAAAAGUCAUCAUUUUGUGGCGAGGAAAUUUGGACCGGGAGACUUCGGGAAGUGGUUAACAAAGGGAAUACCUAAAGGUGCCCGGGGAAACGUCUCCUAUUUUUCUACACUUUUGUCGUUGCAGGAGAAUCACGAUAAAUCAUGGAUUCGUGCAAAACGUAGAAUAGCAAUAACAAAAAUUGCAUUUCAUGAGAAGCGUUUGUCUCCGUAAUAUUGCUACACAAGUUACCUGCGUCGGUAGGACUUUCAGGCAUCUGAAGGUAAACGUCGAAAGCAUAGAAGGAUCCGAAUUAAAAUUCAGCCUAUUUUCGGCUGGCCGUUCGUGAAUUUUGGACUGCGUGUCUGUCGUUUUGACUUGGAAGAUACAUAGCCUGACAUUUUUCUUCCCUUUUUUGUAAAUCAGAUACGUUUGCACCCAUGGACAGUCACUGAUGUGAGAAAGCUGAAUGGCUAACGAGCCCACCGUACCUCCGCCGGCGUUUGAGAGAGACGCAUAACUGCAUAUCGACUGAUGCAUUUAGGUUUCUAAAAGCAAGCAGAUGUGUACAAAUACGAUCGCCUCCACAGCCAUGGAUCGACCGUUCUGGAGUCUGGUAGCAGCCUUAUGGAUAGUCCUUUUCAAGUUUACCCAGCUGUCCACUGCAGAAGAAGAGAUCCUGAUGAACACCAAACUGGAGACAUCCGACCUCAAGUGGACGGUGUUCCCCGCGCACCAAACCUGAGUGGGAGGAGAUGAGCGGGCUGGACGAGGCCAACAACAUUGUACGCACCUAUCAGUUCUGCCCUACGGACAGUUCGGGCAGCCACUGGGUGCGCAGUACCAUGAUCGAGCGGCGGGGGGCGUCGCAGGUCUAUGUGGAGCUGCGCUUUACCAUGAUGGAAUGUUCCUCACUGCCCACGCAGCUGCGAACCUGCAAGGAGACCUUCAACCUGCUGUACUACGAGGCCGAGAAGGAUGAGGCCACAACCACCUACCCGGCCUGGAUGGAGAACCCCUACACCAAGGUCGACACUGUAGCGGCCGACUUCCUGCUACGCCGGGGCGGCGAGCGAAAGUUUAACGUGAAGACGCUGCGGCUGGGCCCGCUGACCAAGCGCGGGUUCUACCUGGCGUUCCAGGCCCAGGGCGCCUGCAUGGCGCUGCUCUCCGUGCGCGUCUUCUUCAAGAAGUGUCCCGCCACCACGCGCGUCUUCUCCGCCUUCCCCGAGACCGUGCCGCGCGCCUUGGUGCAGGAGGCGCAGGGGGAGUGCGUGGUGCACGCCGGACAGCAGGGGGCGCGGGCGGUGCCGCCACGCAUGUUCUGCGGGGAGGACGGCCAGUGGGUGGGGCAGCCCAGCAGCACCUGCGCAUGCCUAGCGGGGUACGAACCCGUGGAGCGUGACGUCCGAUGCAGAGAGUGCCCAGCGGGGCAGUUCAAAUCUGGCCCGGGGGCGGGGCUCUGUGUGCCAUGCCCCGCCCACAGCCAGGCGCUCAGCGCGGGGGCGUCGGCCUGCCUCUGUCUCCCGGGAUACUUCCGCGGGGACACCGACGAGCCCACGGCGGACUGCACUACCCCUCCCUCGGCGCCGCGUAACAUCGUGACGCAGAUCAACGACACGUCGGUGACGCUGGAGUGGAGCGAGCCCCUGGACAGUGGUGGCCGCAGGGAUCUGAACUAUGCGCUGCAGUGCCUGCGCUGCUCGGGGAAGUGCUCCCCCUGUGGGGACAGCGUCAGCUACCGGCCAGCGCAGCGCGGCCUGGCAGCUCGGCGUGCAGUCAUCUGGGGUCUACAGCCACACACUACCUACGCCUUCUCUGUGCAAGCACUCAAUGGCGUGUCGCAGCACAGCGGCCGGGAGCCUGCCAGCGACAGCGUCAAUGUCACCACCAGCCACAAUGUGCCCGUGCUCGUGUCUGGCAUCACGAGGAGCAGAGCCACCGAGAGCAGCCUAACCCUGCACUGGCCCAUCCCCAGGAUGUCCCACUACACCAUCCUGCAGUACCACUCGCUCCGCUACUGCGAGAAGGAAAGGUGUAAUGAGGAUGAGGCCUGGAGGUACAAGGAGAGCGACGUGGCCCAGGUGGUGCUGAGCGACUUGCGCCGGGGGACCCAAUACGAGGUGCAGGUCCGCGCCCGCACCAUGGCUGGAUAUGGCAGCUUCGGUCCCGCCACGUCCUUCCGCACCCUCCCUGACGACGAUGGGGUUCAUUCACAGCUGCUGGUCACUGGCGUCCUGAUCCGGCCCCCCGACCCCUCGCUGGAGUGGCAGGAGCUGCGGGGAGGAGGGGCUUGUGACACAAAGGAGAGUGGAGAUGGCAGGAGACGCCGCCCAGCUGGCCACGCAGCUGCCACCGCCGCUCUGUCGCUGGGAGCCGCUGGCACGCCGCCCAGGGGCUGCCAAUCCACUGACUCGCCCAACCCCCCCUCCCCCGCCCGCCUGGCAUCGCCCGCCUGGCCAACGCCCUUCGCCAACGCAAACACCGCCCCCGGCGCUCGGAGGUGCUCUCCCGGCCGUACUGAGGCACUGAAGGCCACGCCAUCAUCUCAGCGUCCUGCUGCGCUUGACUUGGGCCUGCCGCUCUGGGGGAUGUCGGACGUGGCACCGGGCCCGGCGUGGUGCAUUAUCUACAUAUGGGAGCCCCUACCCCACCCGCACCGGGCCCAGUACGUCCUUCUUAAAGCCUCCUUUCCGUGA